GUACGUUGUAACCGGCGUGGUUAUGGUUUGAUUGUUCGGCUCUUCGUAGUGUAAUUUGUCGGUAUAUUUUUAGCGAAUGAAAGACUCAUUGUGAUUGUGACAUUAUGGAGGAGCCAACCGAGGAAGAAUUAUCGUCAAAUAGACGUGAGAGGACAGUGGAAUUAGUACCUGUUUUGGUUAAGGCGAAUAAAGAAAAAUUUGACGGAUGUGAUAUAGAGAUAAAUACAAAUUCAUUCAAAUUGGGUCGAGGUCCUGACAACAACGGAAUAAUUCUAGACGUUUCGAUCUCUCGAAACCACUGUGUGAUCACAAAAACGGAAAAUGAGUUUGAAAUAGUAGACUUAAGUUCUUCAGGAACAUUGGUAAAUGGAAGGAGAUUAAUUCGGAGCGUGAUUUACCCCCUGAAACUCAACGAUGAACUGGAGUUCGGUGACAAAAAGGAAUUUAUCUACACAUUGAGGAUGUGUCCCAAAGAAGAGAAUCUUGCAGUGAAAAAACCGGAAAUGGAGGUAGACCUGAUAAAGCAGUUGUCGGAGAGACAGAAUAUAUUCGAGGAGUGCCAGGAGGCUCAAAUAAAGGAGAUAGAGGAUAAAAUAUUUCUGAAGCAGAAUCAAACUGAGGAAUUGACGAGUCGUCUUAACGAAUUGAGGAAACAGAAGGAGGUGGUCCAGGGAGAGUCAUUGGAGAAGAACAAUCAGAUCAAACUUAUGGAGGAGCAGAUCCAAGCCUCCAACGAUAAUCAGUCCCAGCUCCAGGAGGACCUGAAGCAGCUGGUGGACUCGAUGACUGAUGAGAGGAGGCAGUUUAAGGUGAUGCUCUUGGAGGAGAGGCGAAAAUGGCAGGAGGCCCUGAACAUGCGGAAGCAGGAGAGGGAGGCCUUCAAGAAGAACAUGGCUGAGCAAAUGAUGAACUGGAAGGAGCAGCAAUUGGCUGUUGUGGCCAGUGAGAAGGAGACACUUCAGAAAAAAUUGGAGGAGACUGAGAAGGCUCUUAAAGAACAAGCUGCUGUUGCUGAACAAUUCAGAAAUCAAUCAGUGUUACUUUCGGGAGUGACCCCGAAAAAAGACUGUUCCCUUUACAAACUGAAUAGCAACAACGGAGAUAAAAAGCGUGAAGUGCUAGAGACAAUAGAUUUAACAGGGGAAAAUGCCCCCUCGACCUCCAGUAAAGGCGCAGAGGUUGGAAAUAAGAUCAUGACUGCCAUAGACGAACAGUUCACGUGUAGCAUCUGCACGGAGCUCUUCGUCAUGGCUACAACACUUAACUGCACCCACACUUUCUGCUUCCAUUGUAUUCGAACUUGGAGGAAUAAAAAGCGAUAUUGUCCCAUUUGUUGGUCUCCCAUCAAAUCGAUGAAUAGAGCUCUGGUGGUGGAUAAUUUCAUUGACGAGGCUGUUGCUAAUCUAUCUCAGGAGGAACAGGAAAGCAGGACACAGCUGCUGAAAGAGAGGCGAGACCUUGAGGCCGCCUUGGGGAUCUCACCCUCUCGACAAAGUGCGACCAAGAGAGGUGCUACAGACAGAGCUGUCCAACAGGCUCGAGGGGCACCUGUGCCCCAGCUGAAUCUACCUGGAACAUCGGCUUCCAAUGAACCUCAAGCACAAACUCCACGUCAAGGUCGAAGGCGAAGUCGAAAUCAAUAUUCAAGUCAAUCUCGAACUUACGUUACAUAUCUACCUCAACCAGAAGCUCCAAAUCAACCUUCACUAGUAACCAACAAUCAUCCAGCGCACAAUCAAGCAUUCGCCCAGGAUUCGAUUCGAGUAGUUAUGCAGCACGCAAUGCAUCAAAUGCGAUUUCCAAUGCGCAAUGCUGCCAUGCUACCAGCGCUAAUACAGCGUACAGUACAACUGGCAAGAAUGCCAGCUCCACCUCAGGUGCAGAGGGCUCCAUCACCGCCUCCUUCAGCACCACAAUACCAAACGCCCAGACGAAGAUAAAGAGAAAGACAGUUUUGUUUAGUGAAUGAAUGUUAAACAAAUGUAUGAUAGAAAGCACUCAAUUCUAUGAUUCAGAUUUACAAGUUAGUAUUGUUUGCCUUUAAACAGUGAUGACAAAUAAAUAUUUUUUAUACUUCCUCGUCAGUAACUUGGUAGCAAAAAAGAAUUAAUAA